AUGGCGGGCAGCGAAUCUGAAUCCUUCACCUCCAGAUCCGUCGACUCCGAGCUUAUCUCACGCGGCCCCGAGGAGGAGAUGGCCGUCCGACUUGCACUCCGCCGCGCCUGGGAGGAGGCCCAAAAGGUCAAAACAGAAAAUUUGUCCACCAAGGUGCGGUGCGUUUUGUCGUUUCCAAUCCCUAGCCGCCGGAAUUUGACGGCAGUAGCCGGCGAGAGUCCACCGCCGACGGGGAGAGCCUCUCCGGUUGGAACGACCACCCACAUCGGGGCUGAGGGGAAUCGCGCGCGUGGCCAGGACGUGGACCGACGGGAGAGACGCGGCGCCGCGGGCGCGGCAGGGAGAAGAGAGGAAGGGGGCGCGUGUGGGCGGCUGGCCGACGGGGAACCAACGCGUCUCUGCCACAUCUACGAACUGCAACAAUCAUGUGCUGUUCAAGACCUGGAAACAAAUAGUUUGAGUGCGAAACGAACAGGGAUUUCUGGUAAUCAUGUUUUUGCAAUCAGCCCUAGAAGAUUAUGGGAGGAGACUUACUUCCAGAACAACAUUUUCAUCAAGAGUGACAUAGACAAACAUUUUGACAACAAGACACAGAGGCUAAGCCGAUGCGAAUCAUUUUCGUUCCCGGCACUAGAGGUUCUUGACAAGGAGAAUCCAAAGGAGUCGGGCCACUACUGGUUGAUGGUGUUGAAAAUUAGGGACAAGCGUUUCAAGAUGCUAGACUCGGCAAGGACGCUCAAAGAUAAGGCAUUCCUGUCAACCGCAAACAAAAUCAUGGAGGGGAUUAAAGCAAAUUGGGAGAAGCACUAUAACACCUCAAGCGUGCAGAUCAAAGAUUGGAAACUACAAGAAAUCAAAUGCCCAAAGCAGGACAACAUAAGCAAGGUGCAAGACAAUAGAGAAGAUACAAUUCAAGAUUCAGCAACUUUUAUCUAGCAUCCAGUUCUACAGGGUACGGGGAUGCAAGAACAGGGGACAAGAUCCAAGUCAUGUUCUGCAAACACUUUGUUACAGGGGCAAUUUUUGCAACUAGAAGAUUAUGGGAGAAGGUAGAGAGUGGGAAAUCCACUAGUUCUAGAACUAAAAGAAGUUCAUGGCCAAAAUAAUUGGAACAACCCUUUUACCUUUGUUGUUUUUCACUGGGAGAAGCUUUCCCAGCUCUGCUAAUAUUUUUGCCCACAACUCACCAGAAUUUUUGCCUGAUCAGCAAGAAGAGUUGUAGACGCAAUUGUGUUUUCAGAAUUUUCCCCA